AUGCGCCUUACUAAAGAAUGGCAGCCAAAAUUAUGCCAAUCGUUAUUUACUGAGAAUGAAUUAAUUGAAUUAUGUUAUCGAGCGAGGGAAGUAUUUUGGAUGCAACCCACUCUCGUAGAGCCCAAAUCGCCAAUAACAAUUUGUGGUGACAUUCAUGGCCAAUUUGAAGAUUUGUUGGCAAUUUUUAUUUUAUAUGGUUUUCCACCUGAUCGACGAUAUCUUUUUCUCGGUGAUUAUGUUGAUCGUGGCUCAUUUUCUAUCGAAGUUGUAACACUUUUGUUUGCUUAUAAGCUAGAACGAAUUGAACGACCAUGUGAAAUUCCAGAUUUAGGCAUAUUGACCGAUUUGACGUGGUCUGAUCCAAGUUAUAACGUGACUAAUUAUGAUUACAAUAAUAGACGUGGAGUUGCACGAUUAUUCGGUAUUAAUGCUGUAAAAGAAUUUUGCAAAACACUUGGUUUAGAUAUGAUAGUGCGAGCACAUCAAGUAUGCAAAUUUACUCAUUAA